AUGUUUGGGAUCUUUAAUUACCAAAAAUCGUCCUCCAGUGUCGUUAAUAGCACCAUGUAUGCACUACGAACAUCAUCGAAAGCGAGAGAAAUUUUGGGAGACGAGAUCUACUUUGCCCAAAAAGUCCCGUGGAUUAGUGGCGAGAUGAAUCAGCUUCAUGGACGGAUAGAUAUUUCUUUUUGGGUUAAAGGUACGCGCGCUAAAGGAAAAAUGCGGUUCAAGAGUAUUCGAGCAAACCGUAUGGGUUUCUUUCACACUGAGGACUGGAGCCUGGAGAUGGAAGACGGAACAGUAAUUCUGCUACUUGAUGAAGGCGAUCCCUUCCAGGGUUCGAUGACUGCGGACGGGAAGCAGCAAGCCGAGCCAGUUUAA